AAAAAAGUAUCGCACAAGAUUCCAGCUAGUAGUAGCAGUAGUGGUGGUUUCUUCAUCUUUUUCUCAAUCACACUUUUCUUCUCCAUUCUCCUCUCUCUCUCUCUUUCUCCCACUUGUGUGAAGAAGCUCAACAAGGAACCCUAAAAAAAAAAAAAAUGAUUCUUCUUUGAUUUUUUUCUUCUUUUUCUUACCUAUACAAUUUGCUUAUUUCUGAAGCAAAAUCCCUAGGGUUGAAAUUGAAAAUGCCAUUGAAGAAGAAGAAGAUGACGAAAGAAGUAGUUGAUGAUUGUUGUUUAUUCGCUGAAGAAUACGAUGGUCCACCAUUAUCAUACAACAUACCUUGCGCUGUUCCAAUUAACGUCGAGAAAAUCCCCGUCGCCGCCGUUGUUUCUCCGGUUUGUAUCUCCGACGACAUGUCUUUCCCUGUGAUUCAACCGAUUUUGCCUCUUGAUAAUAAUAACAAUAGCAAGAAUUUUCUUAGAGAUUCUGUUUCUCCUACCUCUGUUAUUAUACCUAACUGUGGUGGAUCUAGUGAGCUUGGAUUGGUUUCUGAUUCAGUCACUGUUUCUCCUACUUCUGUGAUUGAAGAGGAGGAAGAAGAAGAAGGUGGUGAUGGUGAUGGUGGAUUGAGUGGUAGCAGCUCUGGUGAGUUGUUGUUGUUGAGGUCUAGUUUUGAUCAGUCUAGGGUUUGUGGUUCAGUGAAAGAGAGCUUAGAUUUGAAUGAAUCCUCGAAUGCUUUGGUGGUACCUGAUUGGGAAUCUAAUGAUUCGGUUAUGAGUAUGGACUAUCCUUCUUCUCGUGUUACUGGGGAUUGUGUUAGUGAAACUGGUAAGAAGCAACCAGUUGUUACUUUCUUAGGUAUUGCUUCUGAUGAUGAUGGAUUUGAAGAAGAUGAUUCUAGUAAUAGUAACCAGAAGCGGAUUCGUGUUAUCCCUGUUAAGAAACAGCCUCAAACCAAAGGGAAGAAAGGUUCUUGUUAUCGGUGUUUUAAAGGAAGCCGGUUUACGGAGAAAGAAGUUUGUCUUGUUUGUGAUGCAAAGUAUUGUAGCAGCUGCGUGCUUCGAGCUAUGGGUUCUAUGCCUGAAGGUAGGAAAUGCGUUACUUGUAUCGGGUUUCCUAUUGAUGAGUCGAAGCGAGGGAAUUUAGGGAAAUGUUCUAGGAUGCUUAAGAGGCUGCUUAAUGAUUUAGAGGUUAAACAGAUUAUGAAGACUGAGAGGUUUUGUGAAGCUAAUCAGUUACCGGCUGAGUAUGUGUUUGUUAAUGGACAGCCUCUUUACCCUGAAGAGCUGGUUACACUUCAUACUUGCUCUAAUCCUCCAAAGAAGCUGAAACCUGGCGACUAUUGGUAUGAUAAAGUGUCUGGACUUUGGGGAAAGGAAGGAGAGAAGCCUUAUCAGAUAAUUAGUCCCCAUCUGAAUGUUGGAGGUCCGAUUAGUCCGGAAGCUAGCAACGGAAACACUCAAGUUUUCAUUAACGGCCGCGAGAUUACGAAAGUAGAGCUACGAAUGCUGCAGUUGGCAGGAGUUCAGUGUGCGGGUAACCCUCAUUUUUGGGUUAAUGAGGAUGGAUCGUAUCAAGAAGAAGGACAGAAGAAUACCAAGGGAUACAUAUGGGGCAAGGCUGGGACGAAGUUACUUUGUGCUGUAUUGUCACUUCCUGUUCCAUCCAAAUCUACUGCGAAUGCUUCUGGGGAACAACUUCAUAGCGCAAAUAGCAGAAGCAUUCUGGACCAUCUUGAGCAUAGGACUUUGCAAAAAAUUCUGUUGGUUGGAAACAGAGGUUCUGGAACUAGCACGAUAUUCAAGCAGGCAAAGAUCCUUUAUAAGGACGUACCAUUCUUGGAAGAUGAGCGUGAAAAUAUAAAGGUGAUUAUCCAGACCAAUGUGUAUGGUUAUCUGGGUAUGCUACUUGAGGGCCGGGAGCGGUUCGAAGAAGAAGCUCUUGCUGUCCAGAGUAUGAAACAGUGUGUCAUUGAAGAUAUUCCUGCGGCUGCGGAAGAAGGAGAUGCUAAAAGCAACAACAAAACUGUGUACUCCAUUGGCCCAAGGCUUAAAGCAUUUUCAGAUUGGUUAUUGAAGACUAUGGCUGCUGGAAAUCUUGGAGUCAUUUUCCCUGCAGCUUCUCGUGAGUAUGCCCCACUGGUUGAAGAGUUAUGGAGGGAUGCAGCGAUCCAAGCUACAUACAAGCGAAGAAGUGAGCUAGGACUCCUUCCCAGUGUCGCUAGUUACUUUUUGGAACGGGCUAUUGACGUAUUGACACCAGACUACGAGCCAUCGGAUUUGGAUAUAUUAUAUGCUGAAGGAGUCACUUCGUCCAGUGGUCUAGCUUGUCUCGAUUUCUCAUUUCCACAGACUGCAUCUGAAGAGAAUCUUGAUCCGUCCGAUCACACUGAUUCUUUGCUCAGGUACCAGUUAAUAAGAGUACCCUCGAGAGGCCUCGGUGAAAACUGCAAGUGGAUUGAUAUGUUUGAAGAUGUUGGGAUGGUUGUGUUUGUUGUUUCCAUGAGUGACUACGACCAGUGUUCAGAAGAUGGAACCAACAAGAUGCUACUCACCAAAAAACUCUUUGAAAGCAUAAUCACCCAUCCCAUCUUUGAGCACAUGGACUUCCUCUUGAUACUCAACAAGUACGAUCUCUUGGAAGAAAAAUUGGAACGCGUUCCUUUGUCACGCUGCGAGUGGUUCCAAGACUUCAAUCCCGUGGUCAGUCGUCACCGUGGUUCCAACAACGGUAACCCCACUUUGGGCCAGCUUGCGUUCCACUACAUGGCUGUUCAGUUCAAGCGGUUUUACUCUUCCUUGACUGGGAAAAAGCUUUUUGUUUCUUCGAGCAAGAGUUUGGACCCGAACAGUGUUGAUUCAUUGCUCAAGUUUGCUAUGGAGAUUCUGAAAUGGAGCGAGGAGAGAACAAACAUCUGCUUGAGUGAUUACUCUAUGUACAGCACUGAGCCGAGUUCCUUCUCAAAUUGAUAUUUUCACGUUCAACAAAGGAGUCUAAUGUAAAUGAUAACUACUUUCUUGUGUAUAGAUUGCCACGUAGAGUUUUAACAAAAUACUCACGCUUCAAUUUACAGACAAAUCUCUGUGUACUAUAAACAGUUACAAUUUAACU